CGGCCAUUUUGCUGGAGAUCCUGCAGCCUGUCGUUUUUCGCAGUUAUUUUCUCCUCUUUCUUCCUUCUUCACCGCCCGCUUCGGUGUUUUCUUCCUCGUCCCUGCAAGCCUCCUGACGCAGUGAUCCGGGUGGGACCCGCAGGCCUUUUUUGUUGUUGUUUGGUUUGUUGUUGUUUUUUUAACCUCCUCACCGGCCUCACAUUAGUAUCGCAUGUCCUCUAUCCAGAACCUCCAGUCUUUCGACCCCUUUGCUGAUGCAACUAAGGGCGACGACUUACUCCCGGCAGGGACCGAGGAUUACAUUCAUAUAAGGAUCCAGCAACGGAACGGCCGGAAGACUCUGACUACCGUUCAGGGGAUCGCGGAUGAUUAUGACAAAAAAAAGCUUGUGAAAGCUUUCAAAAAGAAAUUUGCUUGCAAUGGUACUGUGAUUGAGCAUCCUGAAUACGGUGAAGUCAUCCAGCUUCAAGGUGACCAAAGAAAAAACAUUUGCCAAUUCCUCUUGGAGGUUGGCAUUGUCAAGGAAGAGCAGCUCAAGGUCCAUGGCUUCUAAUGUGAGCAUAACCACAUGAAGAAUUCCUCAAAUAAUUUUCUUCUCCAAACCAGCUUGGCUACCUUGUGAAAUGAGUCUUUGCAGUUCACGGACUUUUCACGUACCUGGUGGUUCAAAUUUCCCUUCACAUUUGCAUGAUUACAGAGUGCAUGGGGUGUGGAGGCUUGUAACACACAAGAAAAUUGCAGUGAGAUGGUAACUGAAACCCUUGUGUAUUUUAACCCAUUUCCAAUGGAAACGUCUUCAUUUUAAGUGUUUAUUCAUUCUACUUUUUUGUUUUAAAACAUUUUUGUUGUAAUAAACCAUGUAUGUUGCAACUGAA